CAUUCGUGGUCAACAGGUUGACAGACGGCGGUUCAGAAUGUUUUGACGACUUUGACAUUCACGUGAAUUCUGUAUCUGUCAGCGAGAUUCCGAGAAUACUCGACCUCGAGAAUGCUCGAGAAUAUGGUGACGUGUAUAGGUUGUGUUUUAUCAGUCGGUGGUACUUCCCAGAGACAAAUAAUGUUAUGUUGAUGUGCGUCAAUGCAUUGAGAAUUUGUUAUUUGGUAGGAAUUGCAGGACAAGGAGUAGAAGUCUUAUGUUGUUGGCGUAAAUUGGAAAGGUUUUGUUAACAUGACAGCGUUGUCGAGAUCCAAGCAGGAAAAGAGUAAGAAAUUUGAUUUACACGUAGAGGCUGUUGCAGAACAUUUUACAUACUUUCUUGUCAGUAAAGCAUAUAUAGAAGAUGGGUACUGUAUAAACAAGAAAAAGUUGAAAGAUAUAUUUAAGGAUGAGUACAUUCCACUCUAUCACGUUCGUAUGAAGCCCUACUCAAUUCUUCAGCUUCUUGCAGCAUAUAAUUAUGUGAAAAGACAAAGAAGGAGCACCAGUGAGACAGUUGUUUUCAAUGCUUCUAAGGUCCAGAAAGUGAUUGCAAGUUAUGGAGGAGGGAGGCAAGAUCCUGUUCCUCCACCACCAGACAAGUCUGUGACUAGUCCAGUUGUGAAAGUGUAUGUGGCCCAGCAGCAUGCCUUCCAGAUUAGAGCUAAGAAAGCUCCUGCAGCUACAAGUACAGAAUGUAAACUCUGUUCUGUAAAAUUUGCAAACCAGGCACAAUAUGAUGCUCAUGUUACGCUUGAGACUCACACAGUGAAAGAAGCUUUUCGAACUAACAGAAAAUCCCUGUGUAGGAAACACGACAUUACAGUAAAACAUCUAAAUAAUGAUGUCACUGAAGACAUAAUUGUCAGAGAGGGUGCUGUGGGAAGUGUUUCCAUUACUGUGUCUAAUACAGGUAUGGUACAUUAUCAGCUGCAGAAGAUAUUUGUGCUGUGUAAGCUGAAUGAAAUUGAAGAAAUGAUGCCAGCACUUCCACUCCACUUGAAAUCAGGUGGCUGUAUUACCAUUACUUUGGAUUAUAAGUUUAAUAGUUCAGGAGCAUAUGUAUAUCCUCUGGUACUGAAGGUGUUCGGUGCCAGAGACAUUUCAUCCUACAUCCUUAAGGAACUGAUAUUUCGAGUACAAUCUGAAUUACUGGAUGACCUGAAGGCAUCAGCCCCAUAUAAAUGGCCAUCGAGAAAUGUAGUGAAGUACAGUGAAGCUUCUGUUGUAUGUGGAGAGCCUUUGCCUCCAAUACCAAGUGAACUUGUUUCCGUCAUUAAGUUACCACAGUAUGAAAUACCCUCAACAUUACGCCGUGUUAUUAAUCAUGGCUUCAAGCCCUUUGAAAAUAUGAGUCCACUUGAUGCCCAGAAACUGAAAGAAGUGAGGUUGUUAGUGGAUGAUGGAAAAUUGCAGGAAGAGAGCUAUACAUCAUUCUUCCGAUUGCUUCUGCACAUUGAAGAACAUCAGAUGGGAACUGAUAUUCGUAUGUAUGACCGUGAUGACCAAGUAAUGAAAGCUGUUAAAGGAAACAAGAAGCUCCUGAGUUUAGAGGUUCCUGGUCUGGCAGAGAAACGCCCAUCUGUCCUUCGUGGUGACAGCAUUUAUGUGAUGAUAGAUGGAGACAGCUCUGUGAAAUAUGAAGGAAAGGUUCAUGAUGUAAGGCAGUUAGAAGUUUGGUUGUCCUUUCACGCAUCUUUGAGAGGCAAGUUUGUGGACAAUAUGAAGUUCCGUGUCGAAUUUCAGUUCAAUCGUUGGAAUCUUCGAUGUCAGCAUAGAGCACUUGAAAUGAUAAAAAACCAUGGCAUUGCUCAUCAUCUAUUUCCUAGUAAAUAUGCAGCAGUUCCACUGAAGAACGUGCAUAUAACAUCCUGGUUUAAUAAGCAUCUGAAAACAAACCCACAGCAGCAACAGGCUGUUCGGAACAUUGUGUCAGGUUCUUCGUACCCAGCUCCAUAUCUCAUAUAUGGGCCUCCUGGUACUGGCAAAACCGUCACUGUUGUGGAGGCAAUCACUCAGCUCUACCAUCUGAACAAGCCAAAAGUACAUCUUCUGGUUUGUGCACCAUCUAAUUCAGCAGCAAAUGAAGUCACCAAAAGGCUGCUGAUCUCAUGUCAAGGCCACAUUCCAGACUCAGACAUUUUUCGUCUCUAUGCUGCCACAUACAAUUUUAAAGAAAUUCCUCAGAAACUGAAGAAGUGUUGCAACUAUGAUGGUGAAUUCUUUUAUCCAUCAAAGGAGAAAAUCAUGCAGUAUGCUGUUGUAGUGGUAACUGUGGCCUCUGCUGCAAGGCUUGUCACUGGAGGUAUUCCUGCUGGUCACUUCUCACACUUGUUUAUUGAUGAGUGUGGCCAGGCAGCUGAACCAGAAACGCUGAUCCCAGUAGCUGGUCUCUUCACAAGUAACAAGGAGAAAUUCAGAUUGUUUGGGCAGUUGGUGCUGGUAGGUGAUCCAAAGCAAUUAGGUCCAUUGCUGCGAUCCACAGUAGCCAUUAAACUUGGCCUAGGCACAUCACUCCUUGAACGACUGAUGAACCAGUGUGACUUGUAUAAGAAGGAUGAAAAUUAUAAGCAUUAUAACCCAGCUGUGCUUACCAAGUUGGUACAGAAUUUUCGAUCUCACAAGAAAAUUCUUACUGUUCCUAACAGUAUGUUUUAUGAAAAUGAACUAGAGGCACGUGGUGAUCCUUCACUGACAUCCCUGGUGUGCAACUGGGAAGGUCUUCCCAAGAAGGGAUUUCCACUGAUCUUUCAUGGAGUGAAGGGAAAAGAUCAGCGAGAAGCAAAUUCCCCAAGUUAUUUCAACAUUCAAGAGAUUGAAGUGAUCAAGAAGUACAUUGAACGUCUGCUGACAGAUCGUUUCAGUGGUCGAAAACUCUCGCCAGAACAUAUUGGCAUUAUUACACCAUACAGGAAGCAGGUCCAGAAGAUCAGAAAAAUGUUGGAUAAAUGCAAAUUGAAUGACAUCACUGUGGGAUCAGUUGAAGAUUUCCAGGGCCAGGAACGUCUUGUAAUCAUAAUCUCAACAGUUCGUUCCACUAUGGCACUUCUCCAAGAAGAUUACAAGUUUCAUCUUGGUUUUCUGAAAAAUCCAAAGAGAUUCAACGUAGCCUUGACACGCUCAAAGGCCCUGUUGAUUACUGUGGGUGAUCCAGAUAUUCUUCAGUGUGAUGUGCAUUGGCGAGAAUUCAUCCUUUUCUGCAAGAACAAUGGAGGGUACACAGGUGUGCCACUCAAGUUGAGGUCUCUGCCUCAGCAAGUGGAAGAGUUGACUUUUGACCUCUCAUCGCUCAAAAUCAACCCAGCAGGGAGCAGUAACACAGAAGAUGGCCCACAGUGGCGCAGUGACAUUUAAUUUUAAUCACAUUGGAAUUUGGAAUCUGUGCUGUGCAUUAGAAGUACAUUGAGCUCUUGAUUAUCCACAGUAAUGAAGGGGAGAAGUAGCAUGGAUAAUUAAAAAGAAUGGAUUAUCCAACAAAAAGUUCUGUGAAGAAGUAAUUGCCUGCUUUCCUUGCACUGCAUAUUGAUUCAUACAACACGGACCGCAAUGAAAACAAUGCAUCCAAGAGCCACAACAAGGUGAUCUCAUAGGUCUCCUUUUAUUUUUAUUUUUAUUUCUUUUCAAUAUAAUGAAAGUAGGCAAAAAAUCUGUAAAUACCUACCAUCAAUGCUGCAUUCAGUCAUGAAAAUCACUUAUUAUUUACUGGCCAUGCUACUGUUAACUGUACAUGGAGACAAAUGUCUUUUCAGUAGAGAAAGCAGUCCUCAUUCAUUGGCAGAAGGCCAACACAAAACACAGUAAAAUAAUUAAUUAGAAAUAUGUGACAGGAUGAGAUGUGCAGUCUACUGCAAAUCAUUUUUAAGCAUUACUGGUAUAUAUGACACAUACAUAAUGGACAACACUUAUUUAAAAGUUUUAAUCUGCAUAUAAAUUAUCAAGAGUCUGUUGUAGUGAAAUCUUGUCAUACUGAUGUGAUUCUACUUUAUCUAAACAAGUGCUAAGUGCAAUCUAGAAAUAGCAGGAGAGAAAUUUUGUCCUGAUGAUGUAAGACCUGGAGUAGUAAACUGGAACUGAUUCUAUUUUUUACACUUUCCAAUUGACAUUUAAAAGCUCCCUUUUUAACCACAUAUAAAUGUGAUAUAUCAUUGCUGUCUGAUGUAGAGUUAGACAUAUAGUGUUGGAUGCAUAUCAUUAAGAGCCAGCUUUCAGUACAAUAUGUUCCUGUCCUGUAGAAGUGGAGAAUGAAAAUGGAUCUGCUUCACAAAACACUGACCAUCCAUAGUGCCUUGUGCAUUUCUUCUGUCUGCUAUGUAUUGUAUUAAAUAAAAUUCAGUUUUUUAGGGUUCUGGGUUUUUAAUUGUCAUUGCAUCAGUUCAGUAAGAAACCAUCUGAUGCAAUAAAUCGUUGAUUCCACCUCAUAUAUUUCGACUCUUCAGCAAUCCUCUUGGUGUGUGCUAGUUUGAAAGAGUAUUGAAAUAUUUACAGUCCAUUGUGUAUAACAGCAGUAAUUUUAAGAAGUAUUAAAUGCUUUUAGUAUUUGAUAUAUGAAUUUUGACUUGUUUUGGACUUCAUCCAUCAUCUGGUAUGUAAAAGACAAUGGAUGAAGUCCAAAAGAAGUACAGUAUACACCGUCAUCAGAAUCCUUUCAAGUCUAUCUGUGUAAAAUUAGUGAUGUACUAAGUAUUGAACUGAGAAACGUAAGUACAUUUUUUCAAAUUGGUGGGCACCCAUGAGGAUGGCCAAACAGCCAAAACAUGUAGGGAGGCAGCAGUCAUUUAGUGAUUAGAUUUGGAGUUGGACCAGCAGAGUUCUGAUUUUUAUUUUAUGAUUUACAUGGUUGUGUAUCAACAUGAUAUGUAUUGGGUAUUAUGAGCUGACACCUGGGAAAUUAGUAUAUCCAGUUAGUAACAGGUAAUUCAAUUUAAUAAAUAGAAACAAUCAAUAGUCAUAUGUAAUUGUAUGUAUGAAUAUCAGUUCUUCAGUAUAAAAAUUAACAGUCCACAGAUAUUAGCAUAAAACAAAAAGUGAUAUCCUGUAUAUCAGUUGUUGAAGAAAUGACAUAAUUAAGGAAAUUGGUUUAUAGAAACUGGAAAAAAAGGAACAGUUUUUUAUUGCUGUGUACUUUGUUUUAUUAUAUGGCCACAGUUUGCCUUUAUGUCUCAGUGCUGCAGGUACAUCUAUACAAAUAAUCUUGCAAUACCAUAGCUGCCAUUUUGUGCCUUAUAUUUACUAACAUCAGUGAGUUGAAAACGUAAUCAAAACUAUGCAUUAUAGUCACCACUUUAGUCUUACACAUUUGAUUACAUCCUGGGUUAACUGGCUGUAAGAGUAAAUUUCAAGAACCAAAACAUAUUUUAACAAAUACAUUAUGCAGUUCCAUCCUUCAGUAUGUUCUGGACAGUAUAGUGUUCUUCUAGUGUAAGUGCAAUAAAGAGAGUAAGUGUUUUACAGAUGUAGCAGAGAUUUAUAUAUUUUUAAAACUCUCACAUUUUUGUACAUUGCUAAUGUAUGUAAGAAAUUGUUUGCCAUAUAUACUGUGAUAUCUCUUUAACAAGCAGGUUUCUUUGCUAACCUCUUAUUUUCCCUCUUUCUACAUGUUGGCAAUUCAUUCAUUAUAUUCUUUCAUAUUAGCUCUUCUGCUGGCAUCUCUGAGUAUACUUAUGCCCAUAAGGCAUGUUUCAUGAAAAUCAGCUUAAAUCAGAUUAGUUAUUAUGAGGAUACCUGCUGUAUUAUGAGUAGUAGUAAUUAAACAAUGUGGUAAUUCAAAGGUUAAAAUGUCCUAAGCCUCAUAUUCAGAAUUGCAUGUUUUAUGUGUGAGUUGGUGAGUUGCAGUGGGAUUUUAGGUGUGCCACAGAAGAUGUAGGACUUGCUAAAGUACAAAUGGUGAUCAUUAACAAACUAACUUUCCAACUUACUGACUUCCUUGGUGAAGUGAUCAGUAGUUACUCAGUCAACUGAGAAAUUCUCUCUUGUGGAACCUGAAGAUUCAGCACUGUUAACAUAGUUGUGUUUUAUAUAUAUAUAUAUAUACAUACAUGAAUAUGCAAUGAUCCCUUUGCACUCAUUUGUCAAAUAAUUUUCAGCGUGACAGUUUUAUUGUCGCACUCAAUGCUAAGAGAUAAACUUGUUAUGUACUUAAAUACAGUCUUUUCAACCAAUAAUCCUUUUGAACUGCAGCAGUGGUAUUGGUAUGAAGUUCUUACAUUUAUAAUAUUAUGUAGCUUGCUAAGUGUUAGAAACUGCAUAAACCAUUCCACUGAUUUAUGGAAAAAGAUACAUUCUUAUAAGUCAUUCCACUGUUUAAAAAAAAUGAUAUAGAUUUUCAAAAUAGUAAUUAAUGAAACAGUUUUUGUUCACAGAUGUUUCAGUACAUAUUAUUUAUAUUGUAUGUAACUUUUCAUAUUUCUUUCGUAGUCAGCAUAUCAAAUUGAAAUGAAACAUGGAAUGACAUACAGGAUUUUGUGUCAAGAGUACAAAAACAAAUUUAAAUGUAGCAAAAUUUUAUGCUGACAAUACACAAAGCUUCAGAAUAAUCUUGCAAGACUCUGCCAGUGGGUUAAAGUAUUUUUACAUCUGUGACACAUCAUUUUAUAUAUGUUGAAUAUUGUUACAUUUAAGGAUUGUUGGAGUUACAUCAGUUGAUUAAUCACCAUAUUAUAAAUGUGACAUCUUUAAGAAAUUCUGUAUGUUCGAAUAUAAAAGAAAAUAAAUUGUGUAUCUGCA